AUGGUUGGCUCAGCUAGUACCAUCGUCCUUGCGGCUGCGAUCGCCGGCAUUGCGACGGCGUCUCCCGCACGUCCACCUAAGGUUGGAACAUUCUCUGUUCCUCAAGUUAAGAACCCUGGCUUCAAGCCCCAUGGCCCGGCGCAGUUAGCCAAAGCGUAUCUUAAGUAUGGCGUCAAACUUCCGGAUGGGUUGUCUAGGAUUAUGGCCGACUUCAAGGUCUUCCGACGCGAUAGCGGAAGUGCCAAGGCUACUCCGGAGCAGUACGAUAUUCAGUACCUAACUCCCGUCUCGAUUGGAACCCCUCCUCAGGUGCUCAACCUGGACUUUGAUUCCGGCUCAUCGGAUCUCUGGGUAUUCAGCACUCAACAACCCAAAGCCAGCAUCAACGGACAGACUCCGUACAACCCGGCCGAUAGCAGCACUGCUAAGAAAAUCAGCGGCGCCAGCUGGGAUAUCUCAUACGGUGACGGCAGCUCAUCAAGCGGUGUCGUCUACACUGACGUCGUUACCGUCGGCGGUGUUACAUUCAAGAGCCAAGCUGUUGAGGCUGCGAAGAAGGUCUCCGACCAGUUUACGAGCGACAGCAACAACGACGGCCUGCUAGGUCUCGCCUUCAGCAGCAUCAACACGGUGACGCCCAAGCCGCAGAAAACUUUCUUCGAUAACGUUGUAUCCAGCCUGGAUACCGCGGCUUGGACUGCUGAUCUCAAGUACCACGAGGCCGGUACUUACGACUUUGGUGUCGUUGACAAGUCCAAGUAUACUGGUGAAAUCACCUACACAGACGUUGAUAACAGCCAAGGAUUCUGGUCUUUCACUAGCUCUGGAUACGGCGUUGGUAACACCAGCUUCAAGACGAGCCCGUUUGAAGGUAUCGCUGACACCGGCACUACUCUUGCUCUGUUGCCUGACUCUAUCGUAACUGCGUAUUACCGCCAGGUAUCGGGUGCGAAGCUGGACCAGCAACAGGGUGGCUACGUAUUCCCCUGCUCUGCCAGCCUACCCGACUUCGUCUUCGGCGUUGAGAGUGCCAAGUUCAACAUCCCCGGUGAGUUCAUCAACUACGCCCCUGUUGAUGACUCCACCUGCUUCGGUGGUAUCCAGUCCGACGAGGGUAUCGGUUUCUCCAUCUUCGGCGACGUUGCCUUGAAGGCGGCUUUCGUCGUCUUCGACAGUUCCGAGGGAAGCCCAAGACUGGGUUUUGCCAAGAAGAACCUAUAA